AGACAGUGAUACAUAAGAUUAAUAGUUAUGUCAACGUUAAAUAAAAAUAAGAUGAUGGUUCAUGUUGUGUUGUAUCAUUUAAAAAUGUCGUUUUGAUAAAAUUUAGGCUUAAAAAUUGUGAAGAAUCACAACUGUUCUGUUUAAAAUUUUAUACUGUUGAAUUCAGAUAAUAUACUCAGUAAUUAUAUAACAAAACAAUAUAUAGAAGCUGAUAAAAACCAUUUAUUUAAAAAUUGAUUUAAAAUGAAAAUUUUAUUAAAAUGUUAGCGACUAUUGAAAUACAAAAUUUAAUUACGAUUAUCACUUUCAUAUUCGACAGAAUGAAAACAAUAAAAUAAGAAUGAUGAUGAGAGUAAGAACUUACGGUCUUCAAAUAUAUAAGCAACCAAAAUGUAUGUGUCACUUCAAUGUCGUAUAAAAUAUUACCUUUUAGUUUCACUGCGUCUUCUGUGUCGAUACUAAUUGCAUAUCUAUUAAAACGUUUUGAUGUAUCACUCGGAUCGCAUUCGUAUACAAAUUAUUUUUCAAAGCAACCUAUGAUUAUAAUCAAGUGACAAAAGGAAAUGUGACAAUCAUACAAAGCUACAAAAGUGCGUAGCAUAAAGCAUAAUUUGUACUGCAAUAGUAGUUGGAAUGAGUAGCAGAAGUUAGCUUUUAUGAUAUGUUGCAAAUUUUAUACCGCUUAACUGUUCGUAUGUGACUGCGAUCGUGCUGCCGUUUCAAUCUAAUUGAAAUUGCACCUUGGUCGUUGAUGCAUAGUCGCUCAGUUUUUCCUGAGCAUCUCAAGUGUCGAGACACCAACUUGCCAAAGGCUUUAGCAAAGCUAACAACAUUUUUAAGACAUACAAGACAAUCGUUUUAGUUUAAAAAAAGAAAAAAAAAUGGCUAACACGAUUUUUGUCCCUCUGGAAGAGGAGUUGAAAAAGAAUCCGGAAUUGAAAAAAUCAGAUAUCGAAUCUUUGCAGAACUGGUGCGCAAAGCAGCCGUUUUUACCGAAAAUUUCCGAUAGCGAGUUGGCCAUAUUUCUACACAGCAAUUAUUAUCUAAUGGAACCGACGAAAACUACGAUCGACACGUUUUACACCAUCAGGACACACGUACCGGAGUUUUUCACAAACAGAGAUCCAGUAGGUUCGAAAGAGUUACGGAAAAUGUUUAACACUGUGUGCAUCAUGCCGCUGGAAAAGCGCACCAGAGAGGGUUACGCGGUUAUCAUGGGUCAACUCCUCGACAGGGAUCCCGCUAAUUACACCUACAACGACCACAUAAGAGAUCUGUGCAUGUGCAUGGAUCUCUGGAUGUAUCAAGAAGGCACGACAAAUGGCCACGUAAUCUGCUUCGAUACCGCCGGUGUUACAGUCGGUCAUGCAGCCCGUUUAAAUCCGAUGGGACUGAAAAAGUUUCUCUUUUAUUUGCAAGAAGGUUUGCCCGUCAGGCUCAAGGGAUUGCAUUUUCUCAACACGAGCCCUGCGAUGGAUCUGAUAUUGAGUAUGAUGAAGCCCUUCAUGAAGAAAGAACUCCUCGAUAUGUUGCACAUGCAUUCGAGCAUGGACAGCGUCGAUAAGUUCAUCCCUAUUGAAAUUUUGCCGAACGAACUUGGCGGCAAAGCGGGACCAUUGAUGGAGCUUCACAAUGUCCAGAUUAAAAAGCUCGAAAGCUUUCGCGACUGGUUUUUGGAUGAAGAAACACGUGCUAAAAUCGACGAAAGCAAGCGUCCGGGCAAAGGCAAAACAGCGACUGACCUUUUCGGAGUCGAAGGAAGCUUCAAGAAACUUGACAUUGACUGACAAGAUAGAGACUUUUUCUUCGACUAUACAAUGUGUUUUCAUCUGAUAUAAAAUGAGUCUUGCUGUUUAUUUGAAAAUCUGACAUACCAUGAAAAAACAUUGCCUAUUAAUUUAUUAUUUUAUUUUUGCUGUUUUUGUGCUGCUGUCUAGAUAAUAAAAUUGGAGUUUGUUUAAAAAAUUAUCUUACGAUUAUUAAUGUUACACGGUAUGACUUUAUGCAGCCUCCAAUAUAACGUGAUGUGCACUAUACAGAUAGCUUUGACUGUAUAACCAUCAGAGUCGCCGGGUAAAAUUUUAAGCAUAUUCUUAGAGUAGUUUCAACGAUAAGAUAAAAUAGAAUAUCAUAGGGAAAACUGCAGUUAAAGUGAUUUAUUUUUAAAUCGAUAAAAGUUGCCUGCACAGCCGUAAUGCGUUGAGAAGUCUUCAGAAUAAAUUCUGACCAUAUCGAGUAAUUACAAAAUAUAUAAUUCACUUUCUUGUAAAUUAUUGUUCUAAGUGUAAAAUAAAUAAGCAGUGACUCAUUGUAGCAAAGAAAACAGUCAAUUUGUAGUUUUUUUUCGAAAUAUCCAUUAAUUGAUGUUUAUAAACAUACGCGUUUUCUCGGAACCGUACAUAAGAAAGUAAUCAAAUAUAAUAAUCAAAGGGUGAA